AUGACGGACGAGGCGGCCGCUGUGGAGGCCGGCGGGAAAGCGCCUGCGAUGGAGGGGAGGGAGGAGGGAGAGCUGGAGGAGGGGGAGAUCGAGUUGUCAGACCCACCUCCGGGGAUAGCCGUGGGCCAGGCACAGUUGCAUCCUCUGGAGCAUUCAUGGACGUUCUGGUUCGACAAUCCAGCCGCUAAGGCCAAGCAGGCCACCUGGGGCAGCUCUCUUCGCCCCAUCCACACCUUCUCAACUGUCGAGGACUUUUGGGGGUACGCACUCGCUUGAAAACCUCUAAAAUGUGUGCAAAUACGUAAGCGCGCGGAAAAACUUCUUCACCUUCUUCUCCUCCUCCUACUACUCGUAGUCGAUUCAAGAGCGUUCAUGCAUGCGUUAUUAUGUGUGUGUGUGUUUUUUGAUCGUUUUGGACGAGGUAACGAGACCACACACGCUGCUUUUCGGUCAUUCUAAUGUAAGGCGCCGGUGUUAGGGUUUUUACAUAUUUCCGGGUUUUUUUAAAUCUGAGGAAUAUAAAAACAUGUGGGAGAGGCUUGACUGAUAUUUUAAGGAGAGAGCCAUCGGAUAAUCUUUCACAUGGGCGUGUAAUUGCAGGGGUCCUAAAGACGAUGAAAUUGUUUUCUUAAGUUAUGAUCUGAUAUAGCUUGUGCACUGAGGGAUAAUACUCAUGACAUGCAUUUGGCUGCCCUUUUCUCUAGGUGCAUUCUUAUAUAGAGGGGAAUAACAUGGUAAAUAAGAAGAGCGAGUUAAAACCAAAAGUAGAUAGCAUUUCAUACAGUAUAGCAGAAUAAGAAGCUGAUAGGGGGAAUCUAUGACGUCAAAAGAAUGUUGUUGGACAUAUGAUAUGAUAAAUCGAUAUAGGAGCUGCCAAUAAUAUUUUUUGGAGUAAAAGGGUGUAUGGAGUUCAAUCGUGAUAUGCUGGGUUUGGCAUCCUCCCAGUUUAUACUUUUAUACGAUUAUUGAAUUAAUGUGACCAUUGUAUGCCAAACUCUAGUUUCAUUUUGACAUCUCAAUCUGCAGAUAGUUUCUCUGAAGAUUCUUACCUUUGUUGUUAGAUUGACCGUAUUUUUUCAUGUUCAUGGAUUAUUUUAACCGCAUGUUUUAUUAGAGAGCAUUAGUCCCUUAGGUAUGAUGUUGAAUGAAGUUUUAUUUUGCUUCAAGGAGUAGCUAUCUCAUAAAUAUUUUCGCCCAUCGAUAGUAUACAUUGUCUUAAAUUUUUUAAUCACCUUUUUUUUAUGUAGCCUUUACAAUAACAUACACCAUCCAAGCAAGUUAAUCUCAGGAGCAGACUUUCAUUGCUUCAAGGAGAGGAUUGAGCCAAAAUGGGAGGAUCCAGUUUGUGCUGGUGGAGGAAGGUGGAUUAUAACUUCCCCCAGAGCUAAAGUUGAUACUUGGUGGUUAUACACGGUGUGACCCUACCUUCGCCUUGUUUUCUGUUUUAUGCUGAAAUACAUAGUAUUCAUUUAUCUUCUACCCGUGAAUAAUUUUCAUUCUCGAUCGUUUCCAGCUACUAGCAAUGAUUGGUGAGCAGUUUGAGUUUGGUCAUGAGCUUUGUGGAGCUGCCGUUAGUGUGCGACCCAAGCAUGUAAAAAUAGCUUUAUGGACAAAAAAUGCCACCAAUCGGGAAGCUCAGGUACACCCCCUUUUGUUUAUGUUUGUGCUACGCUGUUCUAGGCUUCCGUUUGAUUCAUAAAAUAUCUCUGUGCAUUUGUACCAAUGAAUAUAUUCGUGAAAUUUCAACACUUUUGUGUGUGGUAUAUAUUCUGUAUUUCAGGGGUUCAUGAUUGUGGGUCGGUAGCCUUCUAAAGGAACGAACAAAGGGGCUAAUCCCCCCAGCCGCUCCCCUCUCAAAAAAGGAGCAAGCAAAUAAAUAAAGUGAAACAAGUAAAAAGGGCAGAGAAACCCUAGUUUAAAGUCACCCGAUAUUUUGUUAGAGCAUUUUUUUACCGAACUAGCUACACUGGAUCAAAGCGGACUGAAACUGAUCGAGUUGAAAGGAACUGGUUUCAUUAAAAUAUUAAAGACAGCCUCAUAUGGUCUGCAUUGACUUGUGUCCGACUCGAUUUUUUCAGUUUUUAAAUUUGAACCCCAUUUUGUUAUGUUUUUCUCUCAUUCUGAUUCGAAGGACCUUAUUAAUGUGUUCUCAUUAGUUCUUAGAGCCUAGCAUAUGGUGACCAGUGCGAGGACUAUAUAUUGAUAAUAAGUUUUACUUAUUAUAACAAGGUUCAUAACAAGAAUACAUAUUUUAGAGAUUUACAAUGUAAGGCAUCUGCCCACUUUCUCCACUCGCUUGGUUAUCUCAGGCCAUUGUGUGUGAACCAGUGCAUUCAGAUAUCGAUAAUAGUAUGUGCAGAAAUAAUUGGCACAAUGUUACGGUGGGAAUGUAAAUAGACUAAAUAUUGUUAUUAUUGACUUCAUAGGGUUUUGAGACUUUUUUUCUAUUUUUAAUUGGGAACUAUGAGUAUAUUUUUUGGAAUAAUGAUUUUUUUUCCAUUUGAAAGUAACAAGUAUUUUUACACAUUGUUGUUAUUUUUUCACUGCUUCAAUUUGCUCGGUGCUUUUGAAACAUACAAAAAUAGAAGCCUGAUAGCUAUUUCAAUGUCUUUUCAAACAAAUCCGACGGACUGCUCUCCGUUCAUUCUUAUGGUUUUUUUCUAUGGAUCUCAACAGUGGUUACGAGAACUCCUGUCAUCCUCUUUCGGAUUCUGAAUUACAUAUGAACCAGCACAAAGGAAGAUGAUGAUUAAUCUGUUAGCAUAAUCUCAGGCUUUUGAAGCACUAAACCUCUCAAAACGCCUCAGAUUUGGGGAAAAGACCCAUCUUUGUAUGAAUCCUCCUGCCACACAGCAGACGACCAAUAUAACCUGAAAAUAACUGCCCUACCCUAUCUACACUUAACUUCCUACGUCUGUCUUUUAUGCCCUGUAAUGAACUCUCAAUGUAAUCCAGGAGAGCAUUGGAAGGCAGUGGAAGGAGUUCCUGGACUACAAUGAGAUGAUCGGCUUCAUGUUCCACGUAAUUCUCCUCACCCUACCUGUGACUCACCAAGAUGGUCCGCUGGACUCGGUCUGAGCGAGCUUUCAUCUGCUUUCAGGAGCACGCCAAGAGGAACGACAAGAGUGCCAAGGAUAGCUACUCGGUGUGA